AUGAAACACGCCAGACGCUCAAGUUCAUCAAGGAAAUCUAUUGGAGAUGAUGCAUUAUCAGAAACAUCAUCAAGCCCUACAAAAGAGCAUAAAACACUUAUGGAAAGAACUUUAGAACCGAAAAAAGAAGAUUGCAUGGAAAUAGAUUAUGUUGAACCAGAAAUAAUUCAAUGGAAUGAAGAAGAUCAGGAGGACUUUGAAAAUCUAAUGAAAGAAAAGCCUAAAAAGAUUGACGACCUCUUAAGACGCUAUUUAGAAGAGCAUGACGCAAAAGUGAGAGAACUUGCAGCAAUAAUCGAAGAACGUAUGAAAUUACAGCUUCUCAGCUAA